CCGGGGCGGCGGAAGUGACGUCACCGCAUCGAGGCCCUCGGUGGGUCGCCGGCCCUCGUCCCGCGCGCGCCGUCUCCGCUGCCGGGCCGCCGGGAACAUGGCCUCCGCCCUGGAGCAGUUCGUCAACAGCGUCCGCCAGCUCUCCGCCCAAGGGCAGAUGACUCAGCUCUGUGAACUGAUCAACAAGAGCGGGGAGCUCCUUGCGAAGAACUUAUCCCACCUGGACACCGUGCUCGGGGCCCUGGACGUACAGGAGCACUCCUUGGGCGUCCUUGCCGUCCUGUUCGUGAAGUUCUCCAUGCCCAGCGCGCCCGACUUCGAGACGCUCUUCUCGCAGGCUCAGCUCUUCAUCAGCGCCUGCAACGGCGAGCACAUCCGCUACGCCACGGACACUUUCGCCGGGCUUUGCCACCAGCUGACCAAUGCGCUCGUGGAAAGAAAACAGCCCCUGCGCGGCAUCGGCAUCCUCAAGCAGGCCAUAGACAAGAUGCAGAUGAGCGCCAACCAGCUGACCUCAGUCCACGCCGACCUCUGCCAGCUCUGCCUGCUGGCCAAGUGCUUCAAGCCCGCGCUGCCGUACCUCGACGUGGACAUGGUGGACAUCUGCAAGGAGAACGGGGCCUACGACGCCAGGCACUUUCUCUGCUACUACUACUACGGCGGCAUGGUCUACACCGGCCUCAAGAACUUCGAGAGGGCGCUCUACUUCUACGAGCAGGCCAUCACCACCCCUGCCAUGGCCGUCAGCCACAUCAUGCUGGAGUCCUACAAGAAGUACAUCCUGGUGUCUCUGAUCCUGCUCGGCAAGGUGCAGCAGCUUCCGAAGUACACCUCGCAGAUCGUGGGCAGGUUCAUCAAGCCUCUCAGCAACGCGUACCACGAGCUGGCACAAGUUUACUCGACCAACAGCCCCUCGGAGCUCCGUACCCUGGUGAACAAGCACAGCGAGACCUUCGUGCGCGACAGCAACAUGGGGCUGGUGAAGCAGUGCCUGUCCUCGCUGUACAAGAAGAACAUCCAGCGGCUCACCAAGACCUUUCUAACGCUGUCGCUACAAGACAUGGCAAGUCGGGUGCAGUUGUCCGGCCCGCAGGAGGCAGAGAAGUACGUCCUGCACAUGAUAGAGGACGGUGAGAUCUUCGCCAGCAUCAACCAGAAGGAUGGCAUGGUCAGUUUCCACGACAACCCUGAGAAGUACAACAACCCCGCCAUGCUGCAGAGUAUCGACCAAGAGAUGCUGAAGUGCAUAGAGCUGGACGAGCGGCUGAAGGCCAUGGACCAGGAGAUCACCGUGAACCCCCAGUUCGUGCAGAAGAGCAUGGGCUCGCAGGAAGACGAUUCGGGAAACAAACCAUCCAGCUACUCGUGAAGCCGGCGUCCGUCUGGGUUGAAGAGCAGCCGUGGCCCUGGCCGAGGCAAGUGGGGUGAGGCCGGCAGGGAGGAGCAGCCUGCCUCGCCCGGACCUGGAGACCGGACGUCGCGUUUGGCAGCUCCAGUCCCGUGUGCUUUGGGAAGGCGUCCUCUCUGCAGACAAAGGAUAACCUGUCAACCUUGCAAGGCCGGCCUGGGUUUAUUUACCCUCAGGUCAAUGUCAUGGCAUUAAAUCCACCUUUCUGUUUAAAUUA